CUCAGCUGAUUGAACUCUCUAGCGUGAGCCGUGACAGCUGCCUCCUCCCAAGCACCCAGCCAUUAGCACAGCAAUCUGCAGCUCACUUUGCAUUUCCUGCACGAUCAAAAAGGCAUCCUGCAAAAAUGAAUCACCCUCACCCUGGGUCACUCGCAACCUACAACAGCCUAACAGACAGACACUUGGCUGGAUACUUCAGCAAUACAAGGAUAAGACGGCAUCUUCAGCGAUCAGGGCUGAUCUCAAGAAGUGGAAGAAUAAUAUCUGAGAAGGAGUAUCGGCUAAAUGCUAUGAGGAAGGAUCACCAAAGAUACGUACGGGAAUGCCUAGCUCAGGCCAUAUUUCACAAGGUCCUUGACAUGGAGGUUUUCUUGCACUGGCAGCGUCAUCAUCAGCUAGAAAUAAAAAGAAAACUGGAAAAUGUUGUGAGGAAGGAGCGGGUUCAGAGAAUCAAGGUGGAACGAUCAAGAAGAUCAGUGGAAGAUAUUAAUCCUCUACUCUCUCCACACCCACCUGCUGGUCCAAGAAAUCACUAUGGGCGCCAUGCUUUAGUUGAGGGAGAGCAAUCCGGUCUUUCGCAAUCAUCUUCCUCUCCUCGACCAAACACUGCACCAGGAAAUAUGCAACGCCCAGUCCGACUACAGCCACUUCCUGGAUAUCCUACAGCAGGAUCCACACCCAAGACUUCUUCAAGAUCCAAACAAAAGCUCUUGGAACUUGAACAUGAUCAUCAGUUUCCCAAUGGGGGAGAGAAAAACAUGAUGAGGCUUAUGAACUCAGUGGAUUAUUCAGCUGGAUUAUCCCCAUAUCAACUUCCCAUCAUUAACAAUUACGUGAUACCGGUGCCACCUCCACCCCAAAAAGGAGAUAAGAACAUAAAGGGAGUUAGGCAUGGGACUUCCAGGGGCAGACGCUUUCGCCCAACCACCGCACCAAAUGGCUUAGAGCAGCUGUUAACAAAGGACUCAGGAAAGUUCCAUAAGCCCUCAUUACACAGCAAUGCAUCUGUUACAAUGAUCUACUUAGGAAAAAGUGUGCACUUGUCUCAUGAUGACACUGAUUACAGAGAUGAAAUCAAAGUCUAUCAGCAACAUUGUGGAGGAGAAAACCUUUGUGUCUACAAAGGCAAGCUACUGGAAGGAGAGACCUUUCACUUUACCUCAAAGCGGCACCAUGGUUUCCCCUUCAGUCUCACCUUUUUCCUCAAUGGGAUACAGAUGGACAGGCUGAGCUCCUGCUGCGAAUACAAGCAUCGGAAGGGUGCGAGAUUGGGAGGCAAGCAUGGAUACUUUGGCUUUGUGAAUGUGGACAGAGCGUCUCCUUGCUAUAGGUGUAUUAUUGCAAUGGGCCUGGACAAAAACCCCUCUCCUCCAAAGAAAAAGAUGAAAGAAGACUAUGGAGAAAAGCAAGAGGAUUCCGUGAAGGAUGAAGAGCACAACGAGCCAAGUGAGGGCAGCGUUGAGCAAGAGGCGACCAAACACUUGACAGUUGAAAUUUCCUCAGCUCACGGAGAGGGUCAGGAGCCUGCAGAGGACAGCGUGGAAAUUGCAGAGGAGGAAAGAGAAGAAGAAACACAAGAAGGACCAGAGGAUGAGUCCGAAGAUGACCAGGAAAAUGCUAGUAAAGAUGAGUAUGAUGAAGAUUUUGAAGCAGAUGAAGAGAAAUCAGAUGAGAAAGUUAAUGAAGAAGGACAGGCCGAUGAUCAAAUGAAUGGAAUGUCAAAGUCACCCUCAGAUGAUGAAAAAGAUAAUUUAGACCAUGAAAAGGAGAGUAAAAGCUCAUCACAAAAGGCGCUGCAGGCCGCUGACAGCGAGAAAGAUGAAAGUGAUGGAUAUUCAAACAGUGACUCAGAGGAAGAUAAACAAGGCAAAGGUAAAGCAGCUCUUGGGGAAAAAAUUGCAACUUUCUAUAGAAAGACUAAAAGUCUUCAGACACUCAAACCAGAUAGGAAGUCUGCAUCCUCUCUCUCAUCCAGCAGUACUCUGUAUAGCAGUGAAGAUGACUCUGAAGCUGAAAAGAUGAAAGACCAUGUUAAGGGCAAUGAAAAGGAAGACCUUGACAGGACAGCGACAAGUGAGAAGUAUGGAAAUGAGACUUGGGAAAGCAAACCUGAGGGAAAACAGGAAAUUGAUGCAGUGGAGGAGGAAGAAAUGGAUGAAGCAGAAGAGACAAAAGCAGAGGCUGGGAUGAGGGAAGAAGUUGAGGUUCUUCAUGGAAGUCUGAUGGAAAUACAUCAUCAAGGCACAGAUGAACUCAAUGGGGAACGCAGACAUGUAGGGUCAAUAGAAAAUAAUGCAAGGGACGAGGGGGAGGAGGAUGGAAGCAACACGAGGGAAGAUGGGGAGGAGGUUGUUCUAGUGCAUUUGGAAGGCAGCACUGUGGAAGCAGAGGCUACAAACAAGGAUCCUCCUGAGGUUGAUGAAGGAGGUGAUUGCAAAUCAGUCCAAGAGAAAAUAGCAGAGGCAAUUGAAAAUGGUCAUCGUUUGAGUUCUGAACCUGAGCCCAGUGAUUCCAGUACAGAUGAAGAAGAGGAGAACUUAACAAGUACAGCUCAUGAUAUAAAAGAAGAUGGAGCCUUCUUGGCAGAAGCAGCAACAGCAUGUGAAAAGCAGAAGGCAGCAGAGCAAGGGGUACAAGAGGGGCAGAUGGUGGAUGAGGAAAAAGCACUUGAGCAGGAGGAGUUUGUAGCUGAGGAAGGAGCCACUGACACUGAAGAGGCAGGCAAUGAAACAGCUCUGGAGUUAGAUUUGCUGGCUAAGAAAGAAGCAGCAACUGUGAUGGGACAGACAAUGGAGAAUGUACUUACAGUAAAAGAAGAAGCAUCUGAGGAGAAGGCUAUCAUGGAAGAAGAUCUGGAAGAGAGUAGGGUAGGAAAGGAAAUGGCAUUUCAGGGAGAGGAGGUAUCUGAGGGAAAUGUAGCUGAGGAGGAAGACGUAAAUGAAGGAGAGGAGGCGGUGGAAAAGGCAGCAUGUGAGGGAAAGGUGGUGGAGGAAGUAUCAUCUGAAGGAGAGGAGGUUGUUGAGGAGGUGCCUGAGGCUGUGGAGGAAGCAGAAUCUGAGGCAGAGGCGGCUGUGGGGAUGGCAGGAGGUGUGGGAAAGGAAGAUGUGGGGGAGGCAGCAUCUGAGGCAGAGGAGGUUGUGGAGGAUUCAGUUGCGCAGGCAGAGAAGGCUGUGGAGAAGGCAGACGCCGCAGGAAAGGAAGUUGCAGAGGGGAUAGAAUUGGAAGGAGAGGAGGUUGUGCAGGAGGCAGCUUCUGAGGGAUGGGAGACUAUGGGAGAGACAGAAUUUGUUCUGGAGGAGUCAGUAGAAUCAGUGAAGGUUCCCAUACUGGGAGCAGCAACUGAAAUAGAGGAAUCAGUAGAAUCAAGAAAGGUUCCCAUCGGUGAAGCAGUGUCUGAAGCGGAAGAGGCAGCAGCAGCAGAAACAUCUGAGGAGGAGGAGGAUGUAAUGGAAACAACCCCAGAGGAGGGAGAGACAAGAAAUGAGGCCACAGAAGAGGAGUCAGAAGUAGAGGAAUCACCACCUCUGAGGGAAGAAACCUCAUUGGACAGGGAAAUAAAAAGGGACACUGCAAUAGAGGAAGGCACACACAAAGAUGGGGAGAGCAUAGUGGAAGCAUCUGAAGAGGAAGAAGCAGCAGAAGACCCAGAAUCUGAAGAGGAGGUAGUAGAAGAAGGUAAACACAUAGGGGAGUCAGUGCCUGAGGAAACACCAUAUAUGGGAGAAGAAUUGGUGAAGGCUGGUGAGGAGGAAGUAACAGAGGAAACGGAAGAGAAGGUGGUGUCCCAAAUAGCAGUUACUGAAAAGAAGUUGGUAAUAGAAAAAAAGGUACCUAUUGCUGAAGAGGCAAUAGAUAAAUCCACAAUAAAUGUAGAGGAAGUGGCUGAGGGAGCAGCAGUGGAGGGUGUGGUGGUAACUGAGGAGAUGGCAAUGGAGGAAGUGGAGGUGGGUGAGGGGGUGGCUGAGGAAUCAGCAGAGAGAGAGGGAGAGGGAAUGUCAGAAAUAGAAUCUGAAGAGGCAAUGUCAGUGGACGCAGCAGGCAAUGGGAAAGUAAUGGGCAAUGAAACACCCUCACAAGGGGAGGAGAUAGUAGAGAAAUCAGAACCUGGUCAGAAAGAAAAUGCAGAAGUAUUAUCAGACUGGGAGGUGCAGACAGAGGACCCAGGACAUGAGGAGGGCAUGGAAGAGAAGGAGGCAGGACUGGAAGAGCAGAAGGUGAUGACAGAGGGGAUAAUACCUGAAGAAGAUAUGAGAUCAGAGAGAACAUUGCCUGAGGUGGAGAAAUUGAUGACACCAUCAUCUCUGAGGGAUGAAGUGGAAGCGGUGGAAGCAGCAUCUGAGGUAGAAGGCAUGACACAGGAAAUGGCAUAUCACCCAGAUGUAGUGGAGAAGGAAGCAGUCCUUGUGGAAGAGAUAAUGGCAAAAGUGAGACACACUGGUGGGAAUGACAGAACGGAGGAGCAAGAGAUGGAGACAAUGGAGGAGAAAAUCACACUGAAACAAUUAGACACAAAUGAAAAAAUAAAAAUAGGAAAGACCGAGACUUUGGCCGAAUAUCCACAAGGGAUUCAUGGGCUUACGGAUCUGCUUGAAGUCCAGCACAAGGAAGAAAGCCUUGCACGUAUAAAGACAGACACCACAGAAACGUCCAUUAUAGAAGAGAGAAACUAAGGGGCUCUGUGGCACAUGAACGCUCUAAAGCUGGACAUAAUUAUCUUGCCUUCCAUACAAUCCCUGGAUGGGGGAGAAAGACACGUCUGAGCAUCCUCUGCAGUUCCUUCAAUGAUUUUAUUUUAGUAACAUUUUUUUACAAAUCACUGUGGAUUUGUGUGGGUUGGGACAUUCCCUCCCCAUCUUCAUUUGACUUGAUGAGUAGCAUAACCAUCUGUUUGUUUACUAGACCAGCUCCGGAAUGUGCAACAGAUAACUGAACUAAGCUUACAGAGCUAGUGUAGGAAAUCACACUCCUUUAUAAUUAUGACGACAAAAAUAAUAAGGAACUUUCCACAGCUGUCAUGAAUUCCUUUUCGAACUACAGAGAAUUCUUACAUUGGUUGAACUUAAAUUCCCCUGCCCCCAAAGAACUCAGUGGUUUGUGAUGACUAGCUUGAAGGGAGGAGGAGGCUUGCUGGCACUUUAUAAUAAUAGAAAGUGCAAUGGAUGUAUGUAUAUAAAAUUGUAUAUAUGUGAUUGUAUCCUCCCCCCACACAUCUUUUGGGUGUCAAUUGCAUUUAUAGAUUGUAAACUCUUCAAGACAGUGGUUAUGUCCUCAUGUAUGUAUAUGUGGUUCCCCAGCACAAUAAGGCCUGGAUUCUGAUUGGAGCAUCAAGGUGGCAGUGUAAUGUAAAUAGUAAAUGAUAGUAAUAACAAUAAGAAGCCCAAUUCUGAUCUCACACAUCGAUGGUGCCACUCUCAUUGAAGCCAAUCGGAACUGUGCUAUCUAAUGGAGGGCAGAAUUGGGGGCUGUACGGGCAAUUCCUUCCCUCUGUUGCAUGCAUCCAUUAGUGGAGAAAAUGGGCCAUAGAAAGGAAUUUUUUUCCCCUUCAACAUCCAAAGCAGCAGGUCAGGAUUGGACUUCAGAGAGCAUUAGAGAGGGGGAGAAGCCAAUACGUGUGUGCACCUUGGCUGUGGCUCCAAUGAAAUCUAGUCAGGCCCCAGAUUCUCACCUGUGCACAAGAU